CUUCUUCUUCUUCUUCGAGAGGCACCCGUGAGGGUCGAGAUGCAAUGCUUUGCAAUGCCCGUGAUUGCAUUGGAUCCCGUUCCCGUUCCGCUUGGCGCCACCUCCGAUGUCGACCGACGAGGUUCAACUCGUCGUAUUGCCUUCGUCUUCCUCGUCCUGAUGACCUGACCUGCCUUAUCAGCGCGGACGCCUCAAACAUUCGGGCGAACACGCCUCUCGCAUUGGCCAAUAAUUCCCCCCACCAUUAGGGCGAGCAGAGCGAAAGGAAGCAUCUUUGGCGAUUUCGGUGGCCGACUGGAUCCGCCGAUUUAAUUGGCCGUCUGCCAGCGCUGAAAAGGAUUGCUUUUUUGCCUUCCUUGAUUCGGUUCUUCUGGCAAGUAACUCGCUGGCCGCCGACGAUGGGGGAGGAGGGAACUUCGCCGUUGCUCAAGGAGGAGUACCAUCCGGGGUGCCCCGGCUGCGCUUACAACCGGAGGAAGGGCCUCCUCAGGGGAUUGCCGUACAAGGGGUUCCUCUAUGUCUGGAUGGUUUCUCUCACGGCCGCUUUGCCAAUAUCAUCAUUGUUCCCCUUCUUGUAUUUUAUGAUAAGAGACUUGAAUGUUGCUAAAAGAACAGAAGAUAUCGGCUUCUAUGCCGGUUUUGUAGGUGCUUCAUUUAUGUUUGGUAGAUGCUUGACUUCAACAGCUUGGGGAAUAGCGGCGGACCGUAUUGGGAGGAAACCAGUUGUCAUGUUUGGCAUUUUCUCCGUGGUUGUGUUCAAUACUUUGUUUGGGCUUAGUGUCAGCUAUUGGAUGGCAAUUGUUACACGAUUUUUGCUGGGUGCUUUAAAUGGUCUACUUGGACCAAUUAAGGCUUAUGCCAUUGAAGUUUGCCGAUCAGAACAUGAAGCCCUAGCAUUGUCACUUGUCAGCACGGCAUGGGGAAUAGGUCUCAUCAUUGGUCCUGCUUUAGGAGGCUACCUUGCACUGCCUGCAGAAAAUUUUCCAAAUAUCUUUUCACCUGACUCAUUCUUUGGAAGGUUUCCAUAUUUCUUACCAUGCUUAUGCACAUCAGUCUUUGCUGCUGUUGUUCUCAUAAGCUGCAUAUGGAUGCCGGAGACUUUGCAUAAGCAUAAAGUUAGUGAAAAUGAAAACCAGAGCAUUGAAGCUUUGGAAGCUCAUCUGAUUGAUCCAAAAGAAAAGGUUGAAGAAAGUGGAAGUUUGGAUACCAAGAAGAGCUUAUUCAAGAAUUGGCCAUUGAUGUCAUCAAUAAUUAUCUAUUGCAUCUUCUCCUUCCAUGAUAUGGCUUACACAGAGGUGUUCUCUCUAUGGGCUGAAAGUGACAAGAAGUAUGGUGGACUCAGUUUAUCAUCCGAGGAUGUCGGUCAAGUCCUCGCAGUUACAGGUGCCAGUCUUCUUGUAUAUCAACUGUUACUGUACCCUCGUAUCAAUAAAGUUCUUGGGCCUAUCAAUUCUUCUCGAAUUGCAGCAAUCCUGUGUAUACCUAUCCUCUUUGCCUACCCCUAUAUGACAUACCUUUCUCAACCUGGAUUAUCAAUCAUUCUCAAUAUUGCAUCGGUGAUAAAAAAUAAUCUUUCUGUAACCAUCAUUACAGGCACAUUCAUCCUUCAAAACAAUGCCGUGCCUCAGGAUCAAAGAGGAGCUGCAAAUGGAUUGUCUAUGACAGGAAUGUCGUUUUUCAAGGCAGUUGCUCCAGCAGGAGCAGGCAUGGUGUUCUCGUGGGCACAGAAACGACAGCAUAGUUUUUUCUUUCCAGGUGAUCAGAUGGUGUUCUUUCUUCUGAAUGUGAUUGAGUUGCUCGGACUUGUCCUCACAUUCAAACCCUUUCUGGCUGUGCCAGAGCAAUAUAAUAAUAGAAAUUAGAAUUCAAAUUUUAGAAGCUUAGGGAUAUUCAAACAGAGUCUUGCACCGGUGAGGUAAAGGGCAUAAUGACCUUCCACAAAGAGGAACCUGAAAGAGGGAGAUGGAUCGAGUUGUUUGCGUGUAACUGUAAGUGUUGUAUGCUUCGAGAAAACUGCAAGUGUUGUAUGUAGUUGCAGCAAUUCAGUAGAGGAAAUGUAUACUUGGUAAAUGGCAGCCAAUCGAUUGCUUGCUUUUAAUUAGGCAGGCAUUUUGUGCCGAGUUGCUGCACUGUAAAGCAGCAAUAAUUGUUUGAUCAACAUGUCUGGUUCUAAUUUAUUCUGCUGAUUGACUCA